CUCUUGCCAAUCACUGAAAAUCAGGUUUGUGCAGGGCUUUGACGGUGAACACAGAACACAGGACACAGGACACAGGACAGCUCAACGUCCCAGAAGCAACUGGCAAGACACUCACCAUACAACCCAUACCUUGAGCUUUCUUCAUUGUUUGACCUCUUCGUGUCCAUCAUAUCUCACAUCAAACCCUAUUGUCCCCAACCCCACUUCAACUCUCAUCUGGCUCUAUCAUUACCAUCUAAACGAGAAUCAGUCAAUGAUUCCCUGACGACAAUGUCAGUCCCAGGCCCUGGUCAAUGGCCAGUCGAUCCUCAGCAGGACCAAGAGAUCCUGAAAGAGAGAAUUUGGAUCGAUGGAUGUUUUGAUUUUGCCCAUCACGGCCAUGCCGGUGCUAUGCUACAAGCUCGCCAGCGCGGCACAGAGCUCUAUGUCGGUAUCCAUUCUGAUGAAGAUAUCCUCGACAACAAGGGUCCCACAGUCAUGACUCUAGACGAGCGUGUAGCUGCAGUUGACGCCUGUCGGUGGUCGACCAAAUCCGUCCCCCAUGCUCCUUAUGUUACACAGUUGUCAUGGAUCUCCCACUACGGAUGCUGGUACGUCGUGCACGGCGACGACAUCACUUCAGACGCUGGAGGCGAAGAUUGUUAUCGUUAUGUCAAAGCAGCUCAACGGUUCCUGGUCGUCAAAAGAACUCCCGGAAUCUCCACCACCGACCUUGUCGGACGCAUGUUGCUGUGCACAAAGACACACUUCAUCAGAUCCCUGACAGAUGAAAUUAACGGAAUCUCAGAAGGCACGUCUGAUCCGGAACGAGUUGCAAUAGGGGCUGCCAUGCUUCAAAGGAUCAAAGACUAUGCUACCGAUGAGACCGGGUUGAACCCUGGUUCUGAAGUAUGGACGUGGGGGCCUAAGAGUCAAGCCAACUCGGCGGACCAACUUCACGAUGCUGGCGAGUUCGCCAAGCUGGUUCCUGGUACAGGACCCAAACCAGGCCAACGCAUCGUCUACGUGGACGGCGGUUUUGACCUGUUCUCAUCGGGUCACAUCGAGUUCCUCCGAAAGGUUGACGAAGCAGAACAGGGCAAGGCAUACGUGGUGGCGGGGGUACACAACGACGCCGUCAUCAAUCACUGGAAGGGUCUCAACUACCCGAUCAUGAACAUAUUUGAACGUGGUCUUUGUGUCUUACAGUGUCGAUACGUCCACGCCGUGGUCUUUGGAGCUCCAUUCUCGCCGUCCAAACCAUACCUCGACGCCCUGCCGAUGGGUAAAAUCUCCGCCGUCUAUCACGGCCCUACGGCAUUCAUGCCAUCUACCUACGACCCCUACAGCGACGCCAAAGACAUGGGAAUCUUGAAAGAAAUCCCAGAACACCCGUACGCCCACGUCAACGCAGGCGAAAUCGUCCAACGUAUCAUGAAAGGACGACAAGCCUUUGAAGACCGCCAAAGACGCAAGGGUGAAAAGGCCGUGGGUGAGGAGGCCGUCAAACAACGCGAGCUACUCGAACAAGAACAAGCGGCGAUAGAGGAAAAGCGACGGGCAGCAAUGAGUUGAAGAGCAGUAGCUGUUAAUUCAUAGAUUUCUGUUCAUUUUUUCUCUUUUCCGAUUCCUGAUGGGAAGGCGGUAGGAUUUCUAUUUAGAAACAAGCCCCCCGUGGUUUAACAGACCGAACCCUUGAUAUUUAUUCAUAGCGACCAGGUAUG